AUGAGUUUACCAGUUAGGGCUAUCGUAAAACUCAAGAGAAUCCUCUUUAUGGGUUUGGUAAUUGCUGGUGCAUUCUAUGCAGUGAUGUUGAUGCCGAAAAUGCUAAAAGUCAGAAAAUCGAACCAGGAAGAUAUCGGUAAGGAAGUAGUUUUUAAAAGAGUUGCUUUUACCUUAAUAGUGCCGCUUGACACCGGAAAACACCCAUAGCAUUGCGGUAUUUUAUUGACAAUUGCAGUCUAACGUUCUCCAUCAAAGUCAUUCAUAAAACUGAAACAACGUAACACAACAACCGUCAGGGAAUUUAUGCAAUUUUGCUACUCAUUUGCUUCAUAAAUUGGCUUACCAAGUGUGAUGGUCUGUUAUUACAAAGUGCGACAACUUUUUUACUACAAAGUAGGACAAGUGUUAUUUCAAAGUGCGCCAGGUAUUAAAAAGUGUGACAGUAUUUUCUUGUGCGACCUAUAUUACAAAGCGCGAUGGACGAAAGCUAAGGGCGGGAAACUGCGGAGUUUUUCACGAAUUUCCAGCCCUAAUAAAAGCCACACUAGCAAACGUGUAAAAUUACGAUAGUUUCAGUUUUACGUGUGUUCACGCCACACCGUUAGGUUGAUGAACAAAUGGUAAAGUGUUCAACAUCCUCAAUCUAAGAAUUUUUGUCGAAAUUUUUCUCGAGUUAUGACUGAACAAUACUGAAAAUUUUGUAUCGCCUACAGACACUGACGUUCAAAGUUUCCUAGAAGCGGAAAAUACUAAAAAUACGAUAAGAACAACCAAAAGUUACUUGGCUUUUCUCGCGGCUGGGCUGAAAUCAGCAGCCGGAAGAUUUGACACCGGUCGAUUUUGGCCGUGUAUUUGAGCAGAUUUCCUCUGAGAUAUGGGAAAAGUUGAUGACUAAGAAUUUUGUGAAUUAAAAGAUACGCCCAUUUUUUGUUUUUGUAAUAAUUUAACGCAUUUUUUCAUCUUGAGCCUUGUCGCCUUCGCACUUUACAACUUUUUUUCACGGAUUGUGAAUCCUUGUUCUUUUCAGGUCUUAAUUAAGUCGACUUUUCUUGUCAGUAAAGGCCCAUUGUGUUUGCAUAGUAAACAAAAUAAUACUUGGUAGCUUGUAGUUAUGAAAUUUCUCUUCUCGUAUUCAACUCGACAUCUCACUCGUUUGCAGUGUUCACCCGUGAGAUACCGAGUGAAAUACGAGUAGAGAAAUUCCAAAUCUAUGGGCGCCCGUGUAUUAUUCUGUAUUUCUUUGAAUAAAAAAAAGCUUGUGACAAAUGAAGUGAAUAGACAUAUCAAAACGGAAGAAACAUAAUGUUUACAUCCAAGGAGGCAGAACUUAUUCUUUGAGAGAGACCUGAGAAGCUUCCUGUGAAAAUGCCACAAAUGUUCAAACAGUAUCUAUAUGCAUGACUGCACUCACGCCGUUUGUCAGCCAUAAGCUAUUUCUUUCAUCAUCUUUGCUUAAAUACAUAGGGCUGGUCAAAAUACGGCACAACUCGUGAAAAUACUCAGCGAUACUACACGCUAAAACGUCUACUAAGAUAUUUAUUACCCUAGUGCUUUUUUGUUCAGCCAAGUCUUUCUGUUCAUUUCUCAUAACGCGGGAAAAGCAAAGCAGAUAGAGCAGCGUAGCGCGCGCAGCCGACUAGUUAAACAGGUAUUUUUUUCAGUACAAAAUAACCAACGGUCAAGAUAACCGUACAAUAUCGCAGGAUAUUCGUACUCUAUUCGCGCGUUAUUCGUACUCUACGAAGUGCAGUUGGAUGAUAACACGUAGGUACACAACUGCGCUUGAUUUAAAGAAUCAAGCGCGCUGCUGGCGAAUGGCUUCCGUAAAUGAUCGUGAGUUAGGAAAUGACUGACUGGCACAAGAACCAAACUUCCUCCAACAGUAGCCUUCUUAAGGUAAAUCAGUUCUGGUCGUUGAUUGUGGAUAAAUGUGACCAUAAUGAAGUGUACACUUCGCAAAUAAUCGCGGGACUGCAAGUGACCCUGAAAUCGUAAGCGAUCCCCGAGUUGGACCAUUACUUUCGUAACUUUUUUCAUGACCAGAUCGCCCAUCGUAAUUCUCUUCUUAAUUCCGGCAACUUUCGUGAUAUCUCUCGAUUUUCCAGUCUUGUGGGUCAACAUCAGCUGAAACUUUCCACUGCUGAAAGAUUCUUUGUAAAAUGAACAACAAAUGAGUAUAAAAAGCCGGUUUCGUGGGCCGGUGUCCCAGCGGAUUUGGACAUCCCGGUCCAAAUCCGCUAGCGGAUAUGGACCCCUCGGUCCAAAUCCGCUAGCGGAUAUGGACCCCCUCCGCGGUUUGGACCCCCCAUCAAAACUGAGUGAAAACAUCAUCCUCAACGUUCUAGUAAAAAUGGAUGAUAAUUUACGUUCCAGUGCAUACUAAAGUAUGUUUUUAAUUCAAAACAUGCGUAUCGUUAAUGCAUACGAACUGGCAUCCCGUCGGAUGUUUCUUUUGACCAAGGGAAAAUGGGCAAGAAUUUAGUUUAAUGUCUGGAGAGAGGUCGUUUUUGAACCUUUUCCGCGAUAUUCGAACACCGCUAGAUUUAAUAAGAGACAAACUUGUGACACUUAUUUAUUUUGUCAUUAUUCAAUGCCCGAGUGUUGGGACGACAUGGCACAGUGCGAGUUGUGCGGGGAAAGGUUACACAUGAGCUGCGAGGGAUUUAAGGCUGUCCCGGAGGGCUAGUGGCUCUGCAUUGUCUGCAGAUUGCUAGCUUCUAGACGUCUUCGUAAUUGUUAAGGUGCUAUUUCGGAUCCCUCAACAGUUAAUAAUCGUUAAAAUUAGAAAAUAAGAUUGAGUUCGAUGUAAUAGUCUCCACUUUUGUUAAGACGUUGGCAGUACUGUUGAUAUGCAUCUGAAAAUAAGCUGAGAGUUGUCAUUGUUAUGACGUUUCGUAUCAAUGUUGCUUCGCAUCAGAAGAAGCAAAGAUUUAUUGUAACAAUUUCAAUAGUUCGAAUGCAGUAGUUUGUUCACAUCUAAUUCCUGCGUAUACUGUACGACUCACUAUAAUGAAUGCGGUAGAAUUGAAACGAAAUGGCUGUUUUUUUUCUACCUUCAUUGUGGAAAUGUUCUGUUGUGAUUGAAAAGAACAUCGACAAAAAAGCUUGCAAAUAGAAUUAGUUACCAAAUAUGAUAUAAAGGAUGCUUAAAAGGAAAGUUUGGUGGGGGGGGGUCCAAAUCUGCGAAGGGGGGUCCAUAUCCGCGGGGGUCCAAAUCCGCUGUGACACCGGCAUUAGCCGAAACGUCCCACGUUUAAGAUUCUCUAUUAACUGAAGGAAAAACGCAUGAGUAUGAAAAGCCACGAAAGAAGCGCUUUAGAUAAUUGUCACUGAUUGUACACAAACAUACCAUGCCACAAAAUGUACGCACAAUCAUAUACAUUAAUUUUUCAUAAUUCGUUAAUUUUCAUAAUACUUUAAGUGACCCAACUUCAAUAUUAUCCUAUGUAAUCCCAUGCCAUUCGCCAAACAUUUUACAAGACAAGGUGGCAAGGUGUAGGUCGAGUUAAGAUUUUAAAAAAAAUUUUCAUGUGGCUCCUUAAUUUGUGCGGCUUUCUUCGCGAUGUGUUCACCAUUCGCGCUCUCGAAAGCGACCGUAGCACUUGUGCAAUUGUUGAAGAGACCGCGAUGUUGCAUAAGUAGUUGAAAAAUGAAUGUGUUUGUGAGCACUAUACCAUGUACUUACAUGGAAAUGGUCAAAUACACUAAGUAUUCUUCAGUGACUUAAUAUAUUUGUAUUGUUUGGGCGGUUUCAGUGCCAAAUAUUUCGCUAUCUUUCAACAGACUUUCCACGUACUCCUCACAAGGUCUUGAAAGGUGCCCGGCCAUUCUGUAAAUUUGACGAUAUUGAAAAUUUACUCAGUGUUUAGAACAUUCAGAAUUUUAUUUCCUGGUGAAAUUUCUCUUGAUGCGUUUUUGUCUCGUAUUCCCCUCGAAACUGCAAUGUGCCCUAACAACCGCCAUGUUUCCUCCCGGCGAUCACAUGAGCGAACAAGAGCGGCUUCCUGAUUGGUUAUAUCAUGAUUGAGCUACCUUAAAGGCUUCCGACAUACUGCUCUCUGAUUGGGUAGGGCCCACAUAAGCCAUUUCCUCCACUGAAACGUGAGUGAGAUAGAGAGCACUUAUAGAUAUAUCGAAGGCAUGACCCUUAAUCAAUACCAAGUGUGAUUCCGCCGAUAGAGUUGUACGUAGAUUGCGAAGGAAUCUUUCUUAUUGAAUCAAAAAAAGAUUGCAGAAGUACGUACGUAAUUCCAAAAUGCGUUGUUCGUUUUGGAACGUCGCAAAAUUGACAUUCGUCAUUCUGACGGUGCAUGCCCUUGCAGGGGCAUUUUAUUCAGUAAUUUAUGAAACUAAUCGAAGCACUAACGGUAAGUAAUCAUGACAUAUGUUUGUGUUCAACUCGUAACUUGACGUUUCGAGCGUUAGCCCCUUCGCCAUCGCUCUGACGAAAGGCAAACGCUCGAAACGUCAACUCGGUUGAUACUACUAAAAUUACCACAUAACAAAUGUUGGGAGAAUGAAUCCAUUUAUAUGACUUGAAUCUGUAUGCGAAAUUGUAAAAGACGACACAAGGUUAAGCGAUGUUUUUCUGAAGUGGCACGCACCAUACCCAGUGGUCUUGUCCACUGCCGACCUCACGAACCGACAAUGCCUCCCAACGAAACCAAAAAAUGAAUUAAUAUUUUCGCCAGUUUUUCAGACUGAGUCAAACUCAGUGCCUAAGGUGACAACUAUCCAUAAUAAACAACUUUCUCGUUAUUCAACGCUACCAAGAUAUUGGUUUCGCUUUUAACUCCCCGCUAAUUUGACUGAUUGCAAUUGUAUUGUUGUGACAUUAUGCAUUAAACCUGAAACACUCGACUUUCACAGACGGGCUUUAGAGCCAUUUCAGGAACACUUGUAAAAAAAAAGCUAUCUCCAAUAAGCGAAAGCGUAGAGAAAUUUAUUCAUAUUUCAAACGCUUGGCAAUCUUGUUGCUCGACCAUACUUUUCGUGUUCUUGGAACUGCAAUCGCUCUGCAAAAACUGCUCGCUCAAGAUCCCAAAUUUUAAAGGCUUGCGGGUACGAGUAGAUGAAAAUGUCAACCAUUUCUUAAAACACUUUUUCGACUGAAGUGUGUUUCGCUGCGCACGUCGUAAAAAUAUAUUUUGAACAAUUACGAAUUUGUGCUUCUGUCUGAGUUAGGGUUACUAGGUUAUCUUGUUAUUGUCCCUUUUAAUAUUCAUGUGGCGAAUCAGUCGCUAAAUAUAUAUCUUAGAAAGUGAAACGUCCUUGUUGGCGUUUUUUUUUUUUUGGUCACAAUAUUAAGCGUAGAGUUAUGGUUGUUGAUGAUGUUUUUGUUUGAAAUGAAAUUCCAUUACCUUGUAUUUCCUGAGCUGCACGUUUGAAACUUCUGAGACAAAAAUUUACAACUUUAAUUUCCUUUUAACUGCAUAAGCGAAACUCCAUCAUCAACAAAAUAACGCUUUCUUUAUUAAAUUUGAAAUCUAGAACAGACAUGCAAGAGGAAGAUACGGUUGAAGUACGACUUUGCUCUGACGUACGUCAAUUCAACCCCUUAACGUUGAACACUACCGCUUAAUAAUUCGUUAUAAUUUCAAACAUCUAUAUUUUUUUGAUAUAGUAGAACGGUUGUAUCUUGUAAACUCCCUUUAUCAACAACCAGAUUUCUAAUAAAUUUUAAUUGAAUUUUUAACAGAUUCCCAGAAUAUUAAACAGAUGAAGAGAGAGGCACUGGUAAGUAAUCAGUUGAAAAGUCAGCGAGUGACUGUAAUUUUCUACUCGUCAGAAUUCUUACCAGGAGGGUGUGUCUGAUCCCAUUCUCGACCAAAACAUGUCAUUUUCACACCCGCAGCAGACCUGCAGGUCUGUAAAAUGCAUUUCCAUUUUGACACCUUACUUCUGUAAGUUGCAAUUUGGGUUUGGAAUUCAUUAUGUUCUCCCGUAGAAUAUCAUUACUUUGAAAAAAUAAAUAGUGAAUUUGAAGUUAUCAAUUGUACUCAAAACAAUAUAAUCCUAAAAGAGUGCUAACUUUCGGAUUUAUAUCUCUCAGUAUUUUCACACAAAUUGAAUGCGGCAAAUUUUCAACUAUUGGGUUUAAUUUGCGCUUAUUUUCAAUCCAAAGUGCCUCUAUAAACCUGUUUUACUGUAGUACAACAACUCAAAAGCCCUUUGCUGAGAAAAAAGACUUUUCUGGAAAAAAACGCUUCUCCUCACUGAAAUAAAACUGUACUUAACCUCACUGAAAUCCUGCAAUCAUUAGAACACAUACCCAAGAUAAAAAUAGACAAAGGAAAAAGUGAACGAAACGUAUCACUAACAGAUUAAUGGCUUAGGAUUAGAGACAAAGGUCAUUCCCCGAGAGAAGAGAAAGGCCAUUUUCCGCACGACUUACCUUUUUCACACUGGGCUCAUGUCUUGAAGAGCAGUUUUGUCGAAAACAUAAUUAAAAAUUUGUUCCAAACAGAGAGUCUAUCCCAGUAGUACACAGAACGCAAGUCACACACAUCUACGGUCACCUUGCUCAGAUGACCAACGACUGACUUUUCUUUUGCUGGUUGAUAAAGCAUCCAAUCAACCACAAUUUCGUUAAUGAGGUUUAACAUCCUUAUGGGAAAUGAGGGUUCUAUUAUUACACGCCCUUAACUGAAUUUUCAAGGUUUUUCUUUAGUACGUUUUUCUGUGUAUGUCUUCUUUUUUCAAAGAAGAUCUAUUUUCAACGAACUCUCCAGCUACGGGGAGUGGCAAAUGGAAAAAUAUAUAUUCUCUUUUUGUUUUAGUUAGUGGUAUUUUAAUGUUAAAUUGUAAAAACCAUUUUUAAAGCUUAUUACCAUUUUAACCAAAACCUACAAUAGUGUCAGGUGAAUAUGCCCCCCACCCAAAAUGGCCAGAAUGUUUGGAUUUACAUUACGUGUAAGUAAUAAUGAAUAAGCAACUGUAUAUUACGCGUUACUCACGCAGUGUGGGAGCCGAAUUUGAGAAUUGUUUGUAUUCACCUUGACAAACAGUUCGAAAGAAUAAUUUUGGUUCCUUCCUUCUCUCUCUAUGGUUUUCAUUUGGAGUCAAAAACGUGACCAUGUUUAUACGUAUUUUUUGUGUCCUUAGGAAUCAUACAGUUAUCCCUGACACAUAAUUUUGUCCCUGAAACAGGUCGCACAAAUGCAAUGAUCGUGGCAACAAAAUAGGACACAAAGACUUGUUUUGUAAGCAGUAAACACGAAUCGAUUCGUGACGAAGCCCUGUUUCGGCGAUUUAGCACCUUAAAUGUUCCAGCCUUGUUAAGAAUGUUUAUCACCUUAAAUCAUUUUUAAUUUCCCUUUUUUCAGAUCAGACUUCUAGAGGAAAGAUAUCGGCCUUGGAAUUCUUCUGCUUGUACCAAGCAAGGUAGAAGAAAACCUAUUCAAUAUGUCGUCAAACAUCACCUUAUCGUGUCCGAGCGUUACAAAACACUCUUCUGUUUCGUUCCUAAAGUAGCAUGUAGCAACUGGAAACGAAUUUUUCACGUUUUAGAAGAACAUUUCAACUCGUCGGAAGAUAUCUCCCACGAAACUUCGCAUGAUUCAGGAAAGUUACGCUUUUUGAGACAUUAUUCAAACGCUACAGUAGUAAAUCACAUGUUAAAAACAUACAAAAAGAUUGCAUUUGUUCGCGAACCUAUGGAGCGAUUUCUGUCGGCCUACCGGAGUAAAUUUGCACCUGUUGAUCCCCCUAGGAAGGGAUAUUAUUACAGCAUCGGCCUAGACAUCAUCAGAAGGAUCCGGAAGAACUCUACGGGGUUAACACCACAUUAUCCUACAUUUAAGGAAUUCGCAAAUUACGCGAUUACUACACCUUUUAGUUCUCAUGAUGAACACUGGGAUCGUCAGCAUAAUUUAUGCGCUCCGUGUGAUAUAAAUUAUGACUUCGUUGGCAUCUAUGAUAAUAUCAAAGCAGAUGCUGAUCUCGCUCUUAUGUUGAUGGGAGCUGAUGAAGAGGUUACAUUCCCAAAUGUCGAAGCUGCACCCGAAGGACAAGGAUCACAAACGAAGAUGAAGACUUUCUAUUCAGGAAUAUCACAAGAAGAAUUCACACGACUGCAGAAUAUCUACGCAAAAGACUAUGAAAUUUUUGGAUUCAAAAAGCCCAGUUUUCAAGAAAUAGUGAAUCCCUGA